UUGGACAAAUGAUUCUUUUGCACGGUUGCAAGGUUGUGUAAACAGAGGACACUUUUGUUGCAGGUAGGGCCAACGUAAAAUGAAAGUGUUAAUCUUGUUUGCAACCAUUACAGCCCACACAAACACACAUUAGCUGUUUACUUAGGUACAAGCCAUGUGUGUUAAUGAACAGUUUAAGCUCCAUUGAGCAUCAGUGAAACCUGUCCACACAUUAAUUACUGUGACACGGGGGAAUCAAACUAUUUACUACAAUUUAUAAGUGUAUUGUAGAAAGUAUAGCUACAUUAUUAGACCAAGGGGAAAACUGUUGUGCCCUAGAAUUACUACACUGUCAAUUGAAAGAGCACAAGAAGCAGACGUACAAAGAAAUGUCAGGGCGAGAGGGUGGGGAGACAGUGUACAUGCAGGGCUACAGUCGGGGGAACACUAGCACACAACCACUCAUGUCCGAUUACAACACACAGUCAACCCAGGGCCUAGUGAUGACAUCCCAGCCUGUAGCAAUCAUUGGGACCACUAUACUAGUCUCUGUUGACGAGGUGAUGAAUUACAACCCCGACAAGCAGUUGGUCUGGGCUAUAUGUAACCUCCUCUUCUGCUGUUUUCCCUUGAGCUUGAUUGCAUUCAUAUUCAGUGUACAGGCACUGGCCACACAGGAACAGAACAUCAAAGCUGCUCAUAAGUUCAACAAGCUCUCGUGUGGCUGCAACACUGCCAGCCUAGUGAUCGGCCUUCUAGGCUACCUGGGCAUCCUGGGUGUGGCCAUAUGGCAAAUAAUACUGGCUGUGGAUAGGCAACUGUGAAUCCGUUUCAUUGGGUGAAUCAAAGCCGACUAAAGAAGUACGAUAUUUAAAACUUUCCACGAAAUAUACAAAGACAAUUCAUAAUUAUAGAGAUACACGAGUGAAAAUGUGUGUAAUAAUUGAAAACACAUGCAAUAGCACUAUCAAUCUAAUAAUUAUGUGUGCCAUAUAGCUAAACAAGUGACAAACUGGUUGUGUUUUAAUGAUG